CUCUGUCAGUGUACUUUUGGAAGUGGUGGCGAAGAGUCGCGCCAAUAGGACUAACAAUAAGUCCUCGCGUAAAGUACUCUUAAAAACUAACCGCUAAAGAGUGACCUUGUGUCCUCGCGUCUAAGUGAUUACGGCGACAUAAACUUAACUUUGUGCGAACUCACAUAACCUACAAAAUGUCGGAAAAUUCGCAGGACGUUUUAAAGGAUGCAGCCGCGGCGAGCGCUGUUGUUGGCGGAUCACUAUUUAGCACAUUCGAUAUUAUAAUGUUAGUUUUCUUAUUGGGAGGUGCAGCCUGGUGGUUGUGGACCUCUAGAAAGGACAACAAGAAAGAUGAAAUACUUCUCAGCAAAUAUUCCAUACAGCCAGCUGGUACAAUCCAAAUAACAGAGAAUUCUUUCAUAAAGAAAUUACAAGCGUCAGGAAGAAGCUUAGUAGUAUUUUAUGGAUCUCAAACAGGCACUGGCGAGGAAUUCGCCGGUCGUCUGGCCAAAGAGGGCAUCCGAUAUAAGAUGAAGGGAAUGGUCGCUGACCCCGAAGAAUGUGAUAUGGAAGAGUUGACUAAACUCACGGAAAUACCUAAUUCUUUGGCUGUGUUUUGUAUGGCGACUUAUGGUGAAGGAGACCCAACAGACAAUGCUAUGGAGUUUUAUGAGUGGCUAAAGAAUGGAGACCCUGACCUAACUGGAUUAAAUUAUGCAGUGUUUGGUCUGGGCAACAAGACCUAUGAGCAUUACAAUGCAGUAGCUAUUUACUUAGACAAGAGGUUGGAAGAAUUGGGUGGCACCCGAGUCUAUGAAGUAGGUUUGGGAGAUGACGAUGCUAACAUUGAAGAUGAUUUUAUCACAUGGAAAGACAAGUUCUGGCCAGCGGUCUGUGAAAUGUUCAACAUCGAGAGCACAGGCGAGGAGGAGCUGGUUCGCCAGUUCCGUCUGGUGACGCAUGCCCCUGAGGACCUCACUCCCAACAGUGUCUUCACUGGUGAAAUAGCCAGGUUACAUUCCCUUCAAGUGCAGAGGCCUCCUUAUGACGCCAAGAACCCAUUCUUGGCUCAAAUCAAGGUGAACAGGGAGUUGCACAAGGGCGGCGACAGGUCGUGUCUGCAUGUCGAGCUAGACAUUUCUGACUCCAAAAUGCGAUAUGAAGCAGGUGACCAUGUGGCUGUAUAUCCCAUCAACGAUACAACUUUAGUUGACCAAUUAGGAAAAUUAACUGGUGCCAACCUUGACGAGAUAUUCUCUCUCAUCAACACUGACCAAGAAAGCAGCAAGAAGCAUCCCUUCCCGUGCCCCACUUCCUACAGGACCGCACUGUCUCACUACAUCGAGAUCACCGCUCUGCCCAGGACUCACAUUCUGAGAGAGCUGGCUGAAUAUUGUUCGGAUGAAGAGGACAAGAAGAAGCUGUUGCUAAUGGCAACCAACUCCCAGGAGGGCAAAGACCUGUACCAGUCGUUCGUGGUAGACUCUUGCAGGAACAUCGUGCACAUAUUGGAGGACAUCAAGUCGUGCAAACCGCCGCUGGACCACCUCUGCGAGCUGCUGCCGAGGCUCCAGCCGAGAUACUACUCCAUUUCUUCUAGUCCUAAGCUACACCCGGAGACGGUGCACAUCACAGCUGUGGUGGUGAAGUACAAGACGCCGACGGGCCGCCUGAACAAGGGCGUGGCCACCACGUGGCUCGCCGAGCACAAGCCUAAGGACGGCGAGUACCCGCGCGUGCCAGUCUUCAUCCGCAAGUCGCAGUUCAGGCUGCCACUGCAAACCCAGACUCCAAUCAUGAUGGUGGGCCCGGGCACGGGUCUGGCGCCGUUCCGCGGCUUCCUGCAGGAGCGUGCGCACGCGCGCGAAAGCGGCAAGGAGGUUGGCGACAACAUACUCUACUUCGGCUGCAGGCAUCGCGACCAGGACUACAUCUACCAAGAGGAGCUAGAACAAUGGGCCAAGAACGGUGACGUGAGUCUGAACCUGGCGUUCUCGCGCGACCAGCCGCAGAAGGUGUACGUCACGCAUCUGCUUGAGAAGCACCUCGAACAGAUCUGGGACGUCAUCGGCAAGCGGAACGGACACUUCUACAUCUGCGGUGACGCAAAGAACAUGGCGGUGGACGUGCGCAACAUCCUGCUCAAGGCCACCCAGCAGCACGGCGGUAAGACCGAGCCCGAAGCCGUGCAGUUCCUCAAGAAGUUGGAGUCCAUGAAAAAGUAUUCGGCGGACGUAUGGAGUUAAAACCGACAAAUAACACGUUAGGUAAAUUAAUUCAACUAUUAUCGAGUCUAGGCUAGUUUCAAAGUUAAAUCAACACACGUUGAGAUAUCAAAACAAUAAUUUCCAGUCGUUCUUCCCGCAUUCAGAGUGUGGUUCAACUCUGUUGCUAAUUUUGCAGUUAUAUAGAAACUAUUGCAGUUGUUAAGGAAAAUACAUAUUUCCUAUAAAAUUACCCCACCUUGACUGGUAAAACGCAAGUCAUUAAUGACAAAAGCGGAAACCUGAGUUUAUAGUUUUAUUCUUCCGUUUACUUCACUGUUUUUUUCUCAUCACUGCUGUUCCUAAUUUAGCUUAUUUACAGGAAACUAGCCUAUGAUCAAGUUUGCACAAAAUGUAUCAUUACAUGACCUACGCAAGUAGUCUUAAAGAUAGAAGUUUGAUCAUGUUUUAGUACCACAUUUUAAAGUGAUGAUUGGAACUGCCGCGAAGCAUUAGGUAAUUUACAUAUUCGGCAAAACUCGCCGCCCCUCACGCACACAUAUUUGUUAAAGAAAUGUAGAACAUUCCUCAUUAUACAAUGACGUCAAUGACUUAUCACCAGACAUCGUACAUUUAAAUUUUGUAGGAUUUUCAUUGCAGCGUAUUUGAGUUAAAGAAAUUGAUAGAAACAAUUUCAAGGAAUAUUAUCUAUCUGUUAAGGUUUCGUAUUAGAGCUAUUAAUUCUAAUUACAUACAACUUGAAUUAAGUAUUUUACAGAGAGACCGAUUUUCUUACCGAAAAUUCUAUAAAGUACGAUAUCUCUGCUUAUCACAACAUAAUAAAUGGCUCUGGAUCAAAGACAUGUAUGAGUAGGUAAUGUUUGCGUUGACAUUUUUUUAGUUACCUAUUCAGGUAAACAGGUAACUGACCUAGAUUUAAAUAAAUGUAAGAUUGUUAAUUACGUUUGUUUAAGCUUACUAGAGAAAUCGGCGUCUCCUCGUACUACUAUAUUGACUGUUUUACAUCUCUAUUGUAUUGCUAUAGAAGUGUGGGAGGGGAGUAAUUUUCAUGUUUCGGUUACCUACGAUGUCAAGUUUCACGUAUCCAGCAUUCGUAUAGGACUUUGUAUAGCGUUAUUGCGUGAUCGUGCGACAACAAGUGGGUUAUAACAGUAACCUUAGGUUAUUUUAAAUACAUUGUUCGGUUGACCUUCGAUUACAAAGUGAUUGAACGUAGAUGUAUUUAUUCAUUUACCGAAGUUUAAUUACCGUAUUCGUUAUGUAUAUUUCAGAACAAAUAUUUAAUAUGGUCGAGUUAAUUAUUUUUCCAUUUGAAGUGAUUUACCUACAGCUCAGAUCGGUUGUGAAUAUGGACAAAGUGAUUUACUUAUUUGAGUAUAUCUCUAUCAUAUGAUUUAAAUCAGGUGUUUUUUGUUGAAAUAUUAUUUCAGUUAUUCCUUGCAGAGAAAUAAUAAGUACCUAAGUAAUAACUUCAAAUGGAAUAGUAUUUAAGUGGUCUACGUAUGAAAACAUAGUCAAUAUAUUGUUGAAAAAGUUUGUAAUGUUUGUUAUUGUUGUAUUUGUACAAGUACCUAAAAACUAAUAAAUUGUUGUCAUGUUUUUAUGUAAGUGGACUGGGAAUAGAUAUAAGUACAUGAAAGUUUAUGUAUUUUUGUAUUUAUGAGACAUUAUUAUUAAAACAGUUUUAUAUUA